GUGAAUGAGGGUGUGGCAGUGGUGUCAUUACCUGGUGGACAGACAAUUCAGGUGCAGAGAGUCAUUCAGACAACUCAGGCCUCAGUUAUACAGGCUCCUCAAAUACAAACUGUACAGAGUGACACAAUAUAUUCAACAAGAAAAAUUUUUGAGCAGAAUUGAUUUUAUCCAUCAGGAAUUUAUUGGAUCAUGAAAAGUGGGCGUUACAAACAGGAGUGGAGCCAGGUGGUAGUGAGGGAGGGGUUAAAAAUUAAGAGGGAUUUUGUCACUUCAGCCGAAAAGUAAUUUUUUGAGGCGGCACAAGUUUGAAUGAAAUUUCAAUGAAUUUUAAUGAAAUAUUACAAAGAUGUUUGUAAUAAAAAAAGGUGCGUUCCACACUUCUGCACUAUUCUACGCCAUUUAUGUAGUGUAAGUAGUGUGAGUAUUAUGUUUACACUGAAAAUGCAACAGAAAGAAGUGUACUACGAGUACCCGGAUGAGGCACUUCUUCAGCCAAUAAAAUGGAGUGUGGAACAUUGGACACUUCAUGCACUCAACGGCCGCGGCUUGCCCUAUGUAGCGGAACGGGCGGAGUAACGGGGCCACAAAGCUGGCCUGACAAAACAAUUGUUAUUAAUGAUGAAUGUGGCAACUAGCAAAACGUCUGUGAAGACAGCACCUUGAAUGCUUUACCAUCACCCCAAGCUGUGUAAAUAUUUACAUUAUUUGAGAUAUAAGUGAUGAACUGAGUUUGGCCAGCAUGCUAAAGCUAGCAAAAACGCAUCACAUGCAUUUGAAACACCCCCUCCGUCAGCUGAAAAACAGCGAGUGCUUCCGUUUAGUAAAAAAACAUGAAUGAAUUUCAGGACAUGGCUUAGUGUAUAGUGUAUAUUGUAAAUGCAUUGUGUAUAGCGCAUCAUUUGAGACAAGGCUGGACAGUUUUUUCAUUUGGAAUAACAUGCAUAGUUGAAUCCUGUAUAAUAAGACCAAUACCAUGCAUUCAAAAAGGAAAUAUGGUACAUUUUAAUUUCAAGUCCUUCAAACACAGUUCAGUUAUUCAUUCACUUGUUCCUUGAUCUGGAGUUCUUUAACCAAUCACAUUAUGUACAGUUAGAGCAGCAACCAAUCACAGGGCUCAUACUGGGAUCAAUGGGAUGAAGGAGAAGCAGACUGACAUAGGAACAUGCAGAGUAAGAAUAGCAGUAUGCAGCAGUAAUGAGAUUGAAGUUGUGUGAAAGUCAAUUAUGCGUCUGAUCUUUUUGCAUGCUCACUCACACACACUUACGUCAGACAAAUCAAAUCUACUCAGGAGAAGAUAUAAUACUCAUGAUCACAUGGCAUGUUGAUAUAUAAAUUUAUGUAUAAUUCAUUAAGUGUUUCCUUUGUUUACAGUGCUUUUUUAAAAGCUCCAAAUGGCAUUCAUUAUUUGGUUAUGUGUGGAUGUUUUCAGGUAGUUGCUACUGGUAGCUUGGGUACAACACCAUCAGAUCCUCAGAAGAGGAGGGAGAUUCUGUCCAGACGACCUUCUUACAGGAAAAUUUUUAAUGAGUUGUCAUCAGAUGUACCUGCUGUGCCAAAGAUUGAAGAAGAGGACAAAGUGGAGGAGGAAGCCCCACCCUCCUCUAGUGUUGCUACGGUGACAGCACCAUCUUCAGUUUACCAGACCAGCUCAGGGCAAUACAUUGCAAUCACUCAAGGUGGAGCGAUACAGCUGGCUGGGCCUGGAGGAGAGGCCUUGCAGGGGGUUCAGGCUCGGACUUUCCCCAGCCCUGCCACACCGCAGCCUGGGGCAACUAUUCUGCAGUAUGGGGAUCCUGGACAACAGCUACUGCUGUCUGAUGGACAGGUGCUCGUUCAGGCCGCCACAGGAGACAUGCCAGCAUAUCAGAUCCGCUCCCCAUCGUCAGGGCUACCGCCAGGCGUUGUUAUGGCAGCAUCACCAGGGGCGAUGCACAGUCCACAACAGAAUGCAGAGGAGGCCACACGCAAGAGGGAAGUACGCCUGAUGAAGAACAGGGAGGCGGCGCGUGAGUGUCGCAGAAAGAAGAAAGAAUAUGUGAAGUGUUUGGAGAAUCGUGUUGCUGUGCUGGAAAACCAGAACAAGACUCUCAUAGAGGAGCUGAAAGCUCUCAAAGACAUCUAUUGCCACAAGCCAGAAUAACACUCACAAACACUGCUGAAAGACUGGUUCACAGACUACAUUGUUCUUCUUCAUUGCCUGGAUUUGAUUGUUUUUGUUCAUUCGUUUGGCCAAAUAUUUCUGUCAGAAGUUGCUAACGUUGCUUUGAGGAUACUAAGGUCUACUGCUACCUGCGUCUUGGUGCUUUUCACACAGCGUGCGAAAGCACCAUGUAUUUAUUUCGGCAUAUGUAUUUCAGCGCUAUAAACAUUUAUCAACACAAUCUUUCAAAAUAGUGGCUUUUAUGAUACAACAUAAAAUACAGGAACAAACUGCUCACUCAUUGUUUGAAAGAAGACGUCUGUUGUGCUUGAUGAAAGUUCCACAUGCAGUGGCAGACACACGAACACGUUACAUUCACUUUCUAUGCAGUAAAUCUGACUCAAUUCAGACGGUUCAAGCAGUUUAUUGCUACACUUUGGGUUCUGCUCUGUGUUAAUUAAAUAUAAUUUGGAUAUAACUAUGUCCCUCCUUCAUGUAAAUUAGGUUUCACAACAAUCAAGUUUGCAGUAACUCUCAGUGGCCUACCCCUGAUUACCAUUUUAUGAUUUAUGGUCGUUAAUAAAAUAAUUUUCUGUAUGGAGUCGCAGCUCACUUACGCAGCAAAAACAUCGUCAGUGACUUUGAUUAGAGCUUGGCAGUGCGAUACUUUGGAUAUUAUAUUUGGAUAAAAGCUUCUUCUAAAUGAUAAUGUAAAUGUGUGAAAGCAGAACAAAAGCGCUGCUGAUUUGCUGAUGUUAAGCAGGCCACUUCCUCUGUCUCACACACACACACACACACACACACACAUUCAUAUUAAUAAGAUUGAUAAAUGUGUAUAUUAUUGCUGUGUUCUCUGUCAAAGAAACUGGAACUCCUCCUUGUAAUGUGUGGAAAAAUAGAUUGGUGUUUUCCUUUCCUUUUUUUAAUUAUUGAAAAAAAAAGAAGAAAACUUUAUCAAGUGUUAUUUUCCAUAUUUUAGUUGUUAAGAUGCUGGUGUGUCUCUGUGUGUGUGUGUGUGUGUUUCAAACUAUGCUAGAUAUGACCUCAUCUUCACAUACAGCCAGUUACGUUUCUGUGUUUUGAUGAAAUAUUUUAUGUAAUCUGAGCAGAAAAUGGAUAUUGUUUCAUUUUUAAAUAGUCUAUGGUAUUAAUUAAUCUCUCAGACUCUUCAGAUUGAUGUUAAUAUUAAAAAAGAUUGUAUCCCCUUCCCAUCUUUUACACUGUACAGAGCGCUGACAUCUAUUUUUAAUAAAAUAUUUUUAUAAAUGUACAUAA